AUAUUUACAUAGGUUGUUGUUGCAAAGGAAUAGAAAAUAAAAUUUUAUUAGUGCAACAACUCGUAAAUUUAAUAAGAUUUAUAUAUUCAGAAGAUUGGUGAUUUGACAAUUUUUGUCAAAAAAGUUGCGCUUCGAAAAAAUUGUUAACUGCCAAGAGUAAAUCCAACCAAAUUAUCUAAUAUCAAAACUUUUUAGCACUUAUACGAUUAAAAAGAUGGGCAGCAUUGUAAAUCUCGUUCAUAUGUUUUAGGCAACAACGUGUGUGCGAUUUCUUACAUUUACAGAUUUAAAUAGUUAUUAAAAAAUAGAAGUAGUUUGUUUAUUUAUUUUUUAAAAUUAAUUAAAAUAAAUUAGCCACACAAUGGAGAGUGGAAAAAAAAUUCUCCAGUUUCAUGAAAUGGAGUUGGAUGAACGCCUACUGAAGGCUAUUUCGAAAAUGGGUUGGCUUCAGCCAACGCUUAUUCAAGAAGCAGCCAUACCUUUAUUGUUGGAAGGAAAAGAUGUGGUAGUGCGUGCCCGUACUGGUUCUGGAAAAACUGCCGCAUUUGCUUUACCGCUUUUACAAAAGCUACUAAAUUCAAAAUUAAAUGCAUCAGAACAAUAUACCAGCGCACUAGUGCUGUCACCCAGUAAAGAGUUAUGCCAGCAAAUACGUACUGCAAUGGAACAAAUGGCCGAUAAAUGUGGCAAAGUAGUUCGUAUUGUAGAUCUUUCCUCCAGUGAUGUUGUCGCACAACGACAUGUGCUCUCAGAGCGUCCUGAUGUGGUCAUAUCAACACCAGCUAAAGUACUGGCACAUGUACAGUCAAGUGCUUUGGAUUUGAGAAAAAUUGAAAUGCUUGUGGUGGAUGAAGCAGAUUUGGUAUUUUCUUUCGGAUUUGAGAAGGAUUUUAAAAAGCUUGUUGAAUAUCUGCCGCCAAUUUAUCAAGCAGUACUUGUAUCCGCUACUUUAUCAGAUGAUGUGAUGAAUAUGAAAAAUAUUGUGCUACACAAUCCAGUUGUACUGAAAUUAGAAGAACCUGAUCUAGUACCAGAAAGUCAACUUACACAUCAACGCAUAUCAGCGGAAGAAAACGACAAGCCAGCGAUAUUGUAUGCAUUAUUGAAACUACGUUUGAUACGUGGCAAAAACGUAAUUUUCGUAAACUCUGUGGACCGUUGCUAUAAACUCAAACUAUUUCUGGAACAGUUUAAAAUAAAAUCCUGCGUACUCAAUUCGGAACUGCCAACAAAAAUUCGUAUACAUACCAUUAAUCAGUUCAACCAGGGUAUAUACGAUCUUAUAAUUGCAUCUGACGAGCGCAUGUUGGAGAAUCCUGGCCGCAACAAAAGCGAUCGCGAAUCGGGUGCCUCGCGUGGUAUAGACUUUCAAUGCGUUUCGAAUGUAAUCAACUUUGAUUUCCCAAUCGAUAUCAACUCGUACAUACAUCGAGCAGGACGUACGGCGCGUGGCACAAAUAAAGGCACUGUCUUAUCAUUAGUUAGCUUGAAGGAUAAAGAGGUGAAUGAUGCUGUAGAAGAGCGUUUGCGUAGCGGCUACAUGAGCGAAGAGCAAGUCAUCAAAAAUUAUCAAUUCAAAUUGGAAGAAGUCGAGCCAUUUAGAUAUCGCGCACAAGAUGCUUGGCGCGCAAUCACACGCAUUGCUGUGCACGAGGCACGUUUGCGUGAAAUCAGAAUAGAAAUUUUCAAUAGUGAGAAACUGAAAGGCUUCUUCAAUGAAAACACGAGAGAUCUGCAAGUACUCCGCCAUGAUAAGCCGCUGAAGACGGUGAAAGUGCAACCACAUCUUUCACAUGUGCCAGAGUAUAUCGUGCCUAAGGCACUUAAGCGUAUGGCAACAACAGCAUUAACACGCGCUCCCAAGCAGACUCGCGGUUAUCACUCCACGGCGAAAGCGGCUUACGAGAGCCAAAAGGAUAAUCCAUUAUUAUGCAGCGAAAUCGAUUAUGGACGCAAGCGCAGUGCCGGUAGAAGAAAAUGAUAAUAUUUUAAUAUUUUUUUAAGUUUUAGCUAUAAUAUAUAAUGAAAUGCAUUAAAUAAAAAACUAAUUGUUGCUUGAUCUUUUCAAUUAUAUACUUGUAUAUAGUAUGUAGGUUUUAUUCAGAAAAUGUAUAUAUACAGUUGUUUAUCUUAAAUAUAAGCAAGUAAAUAUGAAUUUAUGUAAGCAUUUGUUAUCACUUAACGAAAACAUUUCUAAAUACUUUGUACGUUAAUUCUACGUAUGUUGCUUUUUUUUUAUAAAAUUUCGUAACGC